AUGGGAAGAGUAAAAGGAAAUCGUACGGGUUGGAUUGCUCGUGUCUCCACAGGACAAAUCCUAUUUGAAAUGGAUGGUGUGAGUUUGUCGUAUGUUCGAUGA